UGGUUUGGAAGAUCAUCGAAAUACAUCGAUAGGUACUACAACCACAAACAAAACAAUUGUUGCUUUGCGGAUAUAUCGAUCAGCGAGAAUGGAGGAAGACCACUAUAUGAUUCUGGGAGUGGACCAAAAGGCCACCGAGGAGGUGAUCACGAAGGCGUACAGGCGAAUGGCACUCAUAUAUCAUCCGGAUAAGAACCAUCACCCCCGAACGGUGGAAUACUUCAAGAAGAUCAGGGCCGCAUACGAAGUCCUUUCAGAUAGGACAUUGAGGGCCGACUACGAUCGCAGUUUGAGGAGCACAUCGUCGAAUCCGAGGCCUGCGGGCACCCAUCCAAAUUACCAGAGUCAGCAGACCAAUCAGUUGGAAACCCCCGACUUAGUUCCCACACUAUGUGCCGUUGGCGGUGUAUUGGUGGGUCUCUUUAUGGGAUUCAGCGCUUUCAAGAUGUUCAACUCGUCCAACAACAACUAAGCGGAACCCAACUUGCACACACGGACAAUAUCGGCAUGGUACAUACAAAUUUAAAUAAAGUUCGGGUAAUUUUUUUUAAAUAACACUUAUUUCUUUCUUGAAUAGAUCCUACUUUUUACCUUUUUAAAAUAGCGUGACAUCAUUC